UGGUAGGACAUUUCUUGAGCAAGCAUGGUAGGACAUUGGUUGGUACUUUAUAGCCGGUAGUACUCGGUACAUUUUUCUCUAUUCGUUGAUGUUCAAUUGAACCUUUCUGUUAGCAUAUGCUGUUCUCCAUUCUCAUCCUAGAUUCAACCCUCUCCCAUUUCUUCAAUCUGUUCAAUAACCCGAAAUUAGGGUUUAUUUCUGUAUUCUAAUUUGAAAUCAAUGGCUUGUUGUUCGAUUCAAUCCAUUGUUCCUUCGGUUUCUGCUUUAUCAUCUUCCACCCUGUCUUAUUCUUCUGUAAUUGUUUUGCCUGUAAACUAUGCCAAGUUCCCCAAUAGAAAUCUCAAAAGAAAUCGUAAGAAAUUUGAAGUUUGCAGAGCAAUGGUGCAGCAGACCACGGUUCAGGGAGCUUCUGCUACUUACGCUAAGGAAAUGGAGAGACUUUCUGCCAAAGAAUCGUUACUACUCGCUUUCAAAGAUGCUGGAGGAUUUGAGGCAUUAAUUGGUGGAAAGACAUCAGAUAUGCAAAAAAUCGAUGUGAAUGAGAGAAUUGUUGGUCUUGAGCGCCUUAAUCCAACACCACGUCCAACAACGUCACCAUUUUUUGAAGGCAGAUGGAACUUUGAGUGGAUUGGAUAUGGAAGCCCUGGAUUAUUUGCUGCCAGAUUAUUAUCCGAGAGAUUUCCUACUUCAAUAGCAAAUAUGAGUAAGAUGGAUGUGGUGAUUAAGGAUGGAUAUGCCAAGAUUACUGCAAACAUGAAAUUUCUGAAUGCGAUAGAAAACAAGUUUAUUAUAAGCACAAAGUUAACAGUUGAAGGGCCACUUAGGAUAAAAGAAGAAUAUACAGAAGGAGUCCUUGAAACUCCAACAGUUGAUGAAGGGACAAUUCCAGAACAACUAAAAGGGGCUUUAACUCAAGCACUUAACACCAUGCAACAACUUCCAUCUCCAAUUAAGGAUGCUGUUUCUAGUGGAUUAAGACUUCCCCUAAAUGGGGCUUUUCAGAGGAUGUUUAUGAUUUCUUAUCUUGAUGAAGAGAUCCUAAUAUUAAGAGACACAAGUGGGGUCCCAGAAGUUCUUACGAGAUUGGAUGUGGAUCAAUCUCCUAUUGAUCCUAUUCAAGAGUACGAGAGUUGACCGAGUCAACAUAAAUAAUGCAAGGAUGAAGGAUAAUGCUUUACAUAAGUGGUACUGUAAACCGAAUAUAACUAUUAGUUCAUAAACUUUUUAUGUUUAACAAAAUGAACGUACAAGUCGUUGAGAUGGAAAUUUGUGCAAAAUGGAUAUAAAUUUGGUUGAAAUUUACUUUU